AUAAGUUUCAUUCUUGUUUCGUAUCUCUUCCGGAAAAAUCAAAACACAAGAAAAACCCAUUGAAAAAAGCUGGAAAAUUUGAGAAAUCACAAGGAAAAUAACACAGAAAUAACAACUAAAAAGGGAUACGAGCAUCCCUUUGAUCAACCAAAUUUUCAUGGCAAGUGCUUUUCUGCAUCUCUGGCGUAAAUAUCGCAUUGUUACAAUCUUUCCAAUUAUCACAGCAAGCGCCAUUUACGCAGAUCUAGAUCAUACACGUAAGUGGAAGUUGCAGAAGCAGCUGGAGGCGAACAAGUAGGAAGCAGAGGAGUAGGUACAAAGAUGGUUCUCAACAGUGUCUUUGGACUUACAAAGGAAUACGUGUGGGCACUUUUCCCAGUGGCUGGCUACUGCAUUGGGGCAUUCCUGGAUCACAAGGAAACCUUGCGAAUGACGAGAUUCCGGGAUAAGUCUGCCCUGUAUGGGCGACAACUUGCUCCGGGUGAGAAACCCUCCUGGCCAUGAAGACACCAGAGGUAAAAUAUUACUCUGUAAUAGUUAUUUAAAUGAAUAAAAUCAGAAAUAUAUG